AUGGUUUUGAGGGUGAUCAUGAUGAACCUCAAGAAUCAAAAACGAGUAGGUGUUGGCCGAUACAGAAUUUUGGGACUAAACAGACACUAUCACGACAUCAUAAGACACAAAGCCCUCGGCAUGAAAGAGGAUCUCAUUCAAUACGCUGCCCAACUAGACCAAGCGUGUUAUGAAAACGCUAAUUGUCGAGUGACAGCGUGGGGGGCUGUGUUAACUGCACAUGUGUUAACCGCUCACCCAGACCUUAGAAUCAUACUGGUCUGGAUCUCUAUUGUGGAUCCACUUUCAUGUAACUCUCCGUUGAACAGCAAAGUCGACUACCGAUCGGCAGGCUGGGGGGCAGCAUUCAACGCUUACCUAGGUCAUAGAAAAGAGGAAGUCAUAACCAAUUAUGCUGCCCUAGUACAGGUGCGAGUUUGCAAGGACCCCAAGCAUCAAGUGGGAGCACGGGGGGCAGAUCCUGCCGUUUACCCCAUUCGCACAAUCGAUCAUGCCGCCCCAGUCUGGGCCCAUACGCAGAACGUGUUCACUAUUGGAUCAUUAUGUAAUCGCAGAGAAACAUGA